AUGGCUGAUCCGCGUGCCUUGCUCCAAAAGGCGGAGAAGACGGCGGCCAGUGCUGGCAGUGGUUUUGGCUUUUUCGGCGGACGCGAACAGAAGUACUUCGACGCAGCCGAUCUUUACACACAGGCGGCCAAUGCGUUUCGGUUGCAGAAGAGUAAUAAGGAAGCGGGCAAGGCGUUUGAACUGGCUGCUGCCAUCCAGAAGAACAACUUGAAGGAGCCCGAUGACGCUGCCAACACGAUGAACGAGGCGUUCAAGGUGUACCGCAAGGAGAGCCCGGAAGAUGCGGCACGGUGCCUGGACGAGGCUAUUCAGCACUACUGCGCCCGUGGUAACUUCCGGCGAGCAGCAAAGCAGAAGGAGGAUUUGGGCGAGAUUUACGAGCUGGAGCUGGGGGACCCCAAGAGAGCUCUGGAGAGCUACGAAAACGCGGCAUCCUGGUACGAGGGUGACAAUGCCCAAUCACUGGCCAACAAAAACUGGCUCAAGGUUGCCGACCUCGCCGCCCUAGAGGGUGAUUACUACAAAGCGAUCGAGCAAUUUGAAAAGGUGGCACAACAGUCCAUUUCCAGCAACCUUAUGCGCUAUUCGGUUAAGGACUAUUUCCUUAAGGCUGGUCUCUGCCAUCUGGCGACCGGGGACUUGAUCAGCGCACAGCGUGCCCUCGAAAAAGUCCGCGAGCAGGACCCGAGCUUCGCCAUGCAGAGAGAGAACCAACUGCUGGUUGACCUCGUGGAGGCUAUCGAGGCGGGUGACGCCGACAAGUUUGCUGAGAAGUUGUUUCAGUACGACCACAUCAGCAAGCUGGACCGGUGGAAGACCACGAUUCUCCUGCAGAUUAAGUCCAAGAUCGAGGAGGCCGAUAACGAGUUUGCAUAA